AUGACUUUCGAGAAGGGCGUCACCGAAAUCGCGGACUCGGAUGAUGAUCCGAUGACGUCGUCACCUGGUGUUGUUCCGGAUGAAGCGGGCGACAAGCAUUGCGCAGUGUCCAACGUUCCGUACCAAGAGCGACAAGACGCGUCGCGCGAGGCAGAUGGCCUCCAACAAGCAUUCGCCGAACGCGAUGCCAGCACAACUGAAGUCUUGGGCGCCGAUUCCACCAAUUCUCCAGUUGAUGUCGACGCGUCGAGAAUUGAUCAGACUAACAUGAUACCCAAUGAGACCACUGCAGCGCAAAACGAGGAAGGAGCGACUGUAGAAGGUGGCAGCCACGGCCUGGGACUCCACACACAAACAUAUCCACAAAAGCCAGUAUCGACGACCAGAAACAUGUCAAAUGGGCCUCAAGUGAUGGUCGUUCCAACUGAAAACGAGGAUCCAGUUGCCAAGGAUGUCGAAUCUGAUUCCUCAGCCCGCGGUGACGAACAGCAGCCACCUGUAAGCCAUGUCAAUCCAUCUUCUGCCGAACAGGAAGUACCUGAGGCUAUUCAAUCCACAUUGGCGGAUGUGCCGUUGAAGGUACCAGGUGUUACUGCUCUCGCUCCAUCAGAGGUCAGCAUCGAUUCUGAGUUCCCAAACGGGUCAACAUGUCAAUCGCAAAGUACUGUCACACGCGCCAGUCCGCCCCAUGAGUCGAAAUAUGAUUCGGGUCGAGCUGUAAAGCAUCAUCCGGUAGAUGGGCACAUGAGCGACAACGUAGUCUGUCCUAGAUCAAUACUUUGCUCGUCAGGCGACGCAGGCCCUGCUGCGACCAUGCCGGACGACUACACCAGCUCCACGCUCCAUAGGGCUCAAGACACUGAAUAUACGCCUCCUGAUGCGCGAAUGUACAUCAACACUAGCGAAGCUGCCAUGAUCGAAAAUGGAUCUAGCUCUGAGAUCGGCCAGGAACAAACUGCCCGAAGUACAUCCGCGGACCAACAACCAUCCGCAGAAGAAGUGGCAUUGCCGAAAGAGAGCGCAGGCUCAAGUCUUGGUGCUAGUCCACCAAUUGCUCGACUAUCUACGCAUGCCCAACCACACGCUGACGCCCAACGCUUGUCAUCGCCCAUCCCAAUGCCUCCAUCGAGAACACCACAGGAAGUCACUCUUGACAAUCUGAGAGCCCAAAAAGCUGCACUCUUGGCCUCUCUCAGUGCCCUUCCAGCGAUCCAAGUGCUGAUGGAAGAGAACGCUCUUUCAGAUGCCGAAUCAGGCGAUGCUAGCGAUGAACCUACUGAGACCGAUGUCAUGGCAGCCGCAAACAAAAUCGUGAAAGAGCACAUCAAAUUACUACACGAAUACAACGAGUUGAAAGAUGUGGGUCAGGGGUUGAUGGGCCUUAUUGCGGAUCAGCGGGGCGUACGGAUAGUCGAAGUUCAAGAGGAGUUCGGCAUCGAUGCGCAGGACUGA